CUGCUACUUCUCCAGUCACUGCAUACUCUCGUACACUUGCUAUCAGACACUCGUUAAACAAGACAAAAAGGCCACUACUUGUGUAUAGCCCAUCGCCCAUCAUGACCCAAGCCCGCCUCUACGAAACCACCGCCGACUCCACCCCCGUCGCUCACCCCGUCGUCAAGCCUUCGCAGGUGACGGGUGCCGGAGGGAAGGCGCUGCCAGAGCCCUACAAGUCGACUGGCAACGAGGCCCUCGACACCCUCGCCUUCCUCCACCUCCUGGAGCAGCUCAAGGUCGAGAAGCGUUCAGGAUGGAUCCGGGAAGGUGUCAAGAAGCCUGAGAGCAUCGCCGACCACAUGUGCCGCAUGGCCCUCAUGGCCAUGAUGAUUCCCUCGACGGCUGAGCGGCCUUUGGACAUCCCCCGAUGCGUUAUGAUGGCUCUUGUGCACGACCUCGCCGAGGCAUACGUCGGCGACAUCACCCCCAUCGAGGGCGUCCCCGCGCACGUCAAGCACGAGCUCGAGGAGCAGGCAAUGGACUCGUUCCUCAACGAGAUGCUCGGUGGCGAGGGAAACCAGCAGGCGCGCGAGCGUUUCCGCUCCCUGUGGGAGGAGUACGAGGCGCGCGAGACUCCCGAGUCGAAGCUGGUCAAGGAUCUGGACCGCCUUGAGCUCGUCCUCCAGGCCGUCGAGUACGAGCGUUCCCAGGACAUCCGCACUCUCGGAACCUUCUACACGGGUUCCAUCCCUCACCUCGAGCACCCGUCGGUCCGCAAGUGGGCCGAGUCAGCCAUGGAGGAGCGCAAGCAGUUAUGGGCGGAGCGGGGCCGCGCCGAGGAGGAGGCGGCGCAGCUCGGUGGCGUCAAGGUCGGCGCCAACGUCGACGCCCAGGCCAACGGUGUGGCAAAUGGACACGCGAACGGCAACGGAACCCACGCUUGAAUCAAACUAGAC